UGGUAGCGCUCUCAGCUGUUUGACUCAAAACAAAUUGCAAAUAUUACUCGAGUAUAUUUGGGGGCAUCAACAAAAACUAACCGUUGAACAACAAAUGUGCAUGAAGCGUGCAAAUCAAAAAAAGGCUGUGACACAGCAACAACGCUACAACCGUUGACGGAACGGAACGUAACGUUAACCAACGAACCAGAAACAGAAUCAGAAGGACGCCGCUGGCAAUGAUGCCGAUGCCAUUGUACUGUGCAUUCGAUGCAUACGAUGUGGCCAGCCGCACUGACACGCCUCCUGAGACGUCGCUUCAUUUACAUAAUCCUUGUGCUGCUCGCUUUAGUUUAUAUAUUUGGCAACCUCUUUGAUCGGAAGGGAGCUUUCAGUGGACUGCAUUAUGAUGAGUAUAAUGUGCAACGGACGCGCCCGCUGCUCUGGCAACAACAGCUGCUUGCGCCCGAAGAACAUCUUAAUCGUACCCAUGAUCCGGAACUACACUGCCGCAAUUCGGUGCAGGGACGCAAACUUCUGGCGGAUGAGCGGGGCUUUGUUUGCCUGCGCGAACAGAUGCUGGUCAACGGUUGCUGCAACGUGGAGCUGCCCGAUAUUAGCUACUAUAGCUGUCAAAGCUGCAACGGCACAUCUCACUGCUGUGGCAUCUACGAAUACUGUGUCUCCUGCUGCCUGCAUCCGAACAAGCGACCGUUGCUGGAGCAAGUGCUACGGGCGUCCGAUACACAAAAAUAUAUAUAUGCCAGCGUGGAGGAUCACUUCGAGCUGUGCCUGGUCAAGUGUCGCACCAACUCGCAUUCCGUUGAGCACGAGAACAAAUACCGCAACGAGGCGGCCAAAUAUUGCUAUGGCACCACCGAGGCACACGAGUCCCAACGUGAAGUGGCGCCCCGAGGUGGCCAGGGUUAGGGUUCUAACUAACCCGCCCAGGAAAUCCGCAAAAGGUCAUGUGCAAUCUCUAUAGUCGGGGACAACAAACCCAAUUAGUAACCCAUUAGUGUCUAUAGAGCUCCAAAUGCUCGUCUAUUGUUUUAUCUCAGGUUUUCUAUUUUUAUUUGUAUUUUUUUUUUCAAGGAAAUCCGAGUUCGGUCUGGAAAUAAUGAACAAUUAUCUUAGAAUUAAGCUAAACAAUUAAAUGUCCCUAAGGUUAAUCAUGUACAUAGAUCAUAUAUACAUAUAUUGAUGAGCUUUGCUGUAUAUACGUAUAUUUCUGACUUUUGUGCUUUAUUAAAGUAAUUUAUUCAAAUGAAAA